CCACCGCCAAAACUUAAUUCAGAGGAGCGGUCACGGCGUCGUCUACUGCUGAGGUGCCCGUCACUCUUUGGUCAUCUCACCAGAGGUGUUCUUUCUCCUCCAAUCACAAUCUUCAUAAUCACGCAGCUCACAGCUUCACCUGCUGUAGCUUCCAAAGUCAGAUCAUGUCAGGUCCACAGCUUGAAGCUCAAGUAAAGCUUAUUCCCCGCUGUCGACGAACGAGACCAUGUCCAGCUAGGUACCUAUGGAAUAUCGGAUAAAAUAGGGACACUUGUCUGCCUGCAGCUUUCCCGGCCAGACAGGGAGCCAAUAGAUGGUUCUGUGGAGGUCCUAGUGUAUGUACUAUCGGAUGUCGUCCUAAAAACCCUAGCCUGGCGGCCCGGCCCGGAAUCAUGCCAUCAAGCGGGCACUAGAGUCCGAAGACGGCAUACAUCGAUGAUCCCUCCCCCGACGCCGGUCAUACUCUCCUCCCAUCGGCACUCCGGAUCUCGGCAGGCUAGACAGGCUGUUGGACAUAAACUCUGGGGACUCGUACUACUCGCUUGGGCUCUGAACCCCGAUUGUAGAAACAGCGGAGUCGGCAGGCGGGGUGUACAUCUAGUAAAGAUGACUGAAACCAAGCCACCGCCCGCCCUCGCCAAGAGCGACGCCGUCGUCAUCGUCGGCGCUGGCAUCUUCGGGCUUAGCACGGCCCUGCACCUCGCGCAACGCGGCUACACCAACGUCACCGUGUUCGACAAGCAGCCGUACCACGAGACCCUCUACUCGUACUUCAAGGGCUGCGACGCCGCCUCGGCCGACCUGAACAAGAUCGUCCGCUCUGCGUAUGGCACCCAGACCGAGUACCAGGAGCUGGCCCUCGAGGCCGCCCGGGGCUGGGAGGCCUGGAACGCCGACCUCGCGGCGGGCGGUCCCGACUCGGUCCCUCCCGGCAUGUCCUCCGCUGACCGGGUCUUUAUACGGAACGCCAACGUCUCCCUGUCCGACGGCGACUCGCUCCCGGCCUUCGAGCGGGCCACCCUCGAAGCCGCCAAGGCGGCGGGACACGCCGGCACGCACCUGCUGACCACGGACCCGCACGACGUCGCCCUCGCCGAGGCCCUGGGCCUCGCCUUCGCCGUCGACCCAUUCAAUCACCGCGCGGGCCGGGGCAAGCGCAGCGUCGGCGUGAUCGAGACCACGGGCGGCACCGCCGUCGCGGACAAGGCGUGCCGGUACGCCCUGCACCGGGCCUCGCGCGCCGGCGUGCGCUUCGUCCUGCACCCCACGGCCGGCCGGCUCGUAUCCCUGACCACCAGCGGCGGCGGCGGUGGCGGCGGCGGCGUGGAGACGGCCGACGGGCGCGCCCACGCCGCCCGCCUCGUCGUGCUGGCCUGCGGCGCCUGGACGCCGUCGGUGCUGGCGCCGCGCCUGGACGGGCUGUGCGAGGCGACGGCGGGCUCCGUGGCCAUGCUGCGCCUCCCGCGCGCCUCGCCGCUGUUCGACCGCUUCGCGCCCGACAGCUUCCCGACCUGGCAGUACCGGCUGCGCGACGGCGCCGACGGCGGCCUGUACGGCUUCGCGCGAGACGACGACGGCUGGCUCAAGAUCGGGUACCGCGGGACCAAGUACACGAACUACCAGGCUAGCACCGGGGAGGACGGCGGCGAGCGCAGCGUGCCCGUGACGAGAUGGUCAGAUCAGCCGCCGGCGGCCGGGCCGACGGUCGAGGCCAUACCGGAGCAGGCCCGCAAGGUGAUACAGCGUUUCCUGGACGACCAUCUCCCCGAGCUGGGCGAGGCCGGCAUCGGCAUUGAGGUCACGCGGCUGUGCUGGUACACGGACAGCUUCGACAACCACUUCGUCGUGGACUAUGUCCCCGGCAUGACGCCUGCCGACGGCGAAACCGCUGUCAUGGUCGCCACUGGUGGGAGUGGCCACGCCUUCAAGUUCCUCCCAAACAUUGGCAACUGGGUUGUCGAUGUCAUCGAGGGAGUUGGACUAGACAGGCCGGCCAUCAAAGCAUGGCGGUGGAGGACUCCGGCGCCGGGAGCUCCGGUUGCCAACAAGUUGAUGGAGGGGAGUCAUGGGCCGAGGGCGUUUGGCAAUGUCCCCAUGGCCAACGGUACCGAAUGGGCAAAGGGGGCCGUGUAGAUCCCACUUGGCGCGGGGCUAUUCAGCCGUGUGUCGUAACAAAAAGUGAAAGCAGAUGAACCGAAGGGGGAGUUGAGCAAGCAAGCUGACGCUAUUUGUCCUUCAUGUCUCCGAUUCACCUUUCCAACUCAUCCCCUUUGCGCACGCCUCUAGAUUAGUCAAGGUACCCAGCAUGUCAAUGGCUUAUGGGUAGAAGUGGCUUGGAAUGCUCGGCAUGCUCGGUCCGAAGAUCAUAAUUCAGAAGGCCUGCCUUUUUCUAAGAUAGCUGCAAUCAUCCUCAAGCCCGGAAGCUAACCCCAACGCCAAACAUCCGGUAUAGUCUCUUUCCUCCGCCUUAACAAUCGCAGGUGGGUGCAGACAGUCCGUUGGCAGAAGGCCCCCAGAACCACGUCCCCCUUGACC